GAGACGCUGAAGAAGGCAGGUGUCCUCAGAGCCUCGACUGCCAAUCAGAUUCACAGAUCUGGGUGAAUCCAGAAGUGUCAAAGACAAACUUGCAAGGACUCUGAGAUCCUGGCAGUAGCAGUGUCCUCGGGGGAAGAGGAAGAUGGCUUCCAAAAGCCUGCGUGUGCUCCUGCUGCUGAGUUGUGCGGCCAACUCUGAGGUCCUGGGUGAGAUCAUCAUGAGACCUAGCUGUGCUACCGGAUGGUUUUACCAUAGGUCUAAUUGCUACGGAUACUUCCGGAAGCUGAGGAGCUGGUCGGAUGCCGAGCUCAAGUGUCAGUCUUAUGGAAACGGAGCUCACUUGGUGUCUGUCCUGAAUACAAAGGAAGCCAGCACCAUAGCAGAGUACAUAAGUGGCUAUCAGAGAAACCAGCCCAUAUGCAUUGGCCUGCAUGACCCACAGAAGAGGCGUCACUGGCAGUGGAUCGAUGGGGCCACAUUUCUGUACAGAGCCUGGUCUGGAAGGUCCACGGGUGGAAACAAGCACUGUGCUGAGAUGAGCUCCAGUAAAAACUUUUUAGCUUGGAGCAACAACGAGUGCAACAAGCGCCAACAUUUCCUGUGCAAGUACUGACCGUAGAGCAAGAAUCAAGAUCCUGCCGCCCUUGCACAAUCCCUUUCCGCUUCCUUCUCUGCCAAGAUGGCAAAAUCUGACCAUU